AUGGCUGGGUCCCGUAACAGUCCGCUGUUGAGAGACCAGUGGAGCGCCCCAUUUGAGACCAGAGAUCAGAGGGACAGAGGAAGGCAGAGGCCUCGAGGGUCGAACCGUGAUAGAGGGAGGGACAGAUUCCGCGACAGGGAGCGUCGUCGCCGGUCCAAAGGGAACGGGCCUAUUCCCCCGUUACGGUCGCCGCCACCUUCGCGUGCUCAUCCCCAAUCAGAGCUUGGAGGACCUCAUUCAUAUCGUGAAUUCUCUCCCAAUAACAACUCUCCGCGUGGUUCAUCCGGUCUGCCGUACUCUGAGCCCAGACAACGCCAGAAUCAAGAUCAUCACCAAUUUGUCGAGCCUCAGCCUUUGGAAGGCGAGAGACCGACCGGAAGAGAUUAUCGAAGGGACAACUCUCCAUCUGCACCUCCUCCAUUCAAGCGAAAGAGAACGCAGAGUCCGUCGCCAGUGAGAUCCAACUCACCUCAACAAGACCCUAGCCAUCACCAUCCAGCCUCGGAGCAGUUUGACGAAUUCGAUCGGGGCUACCCUCAUAAAAAACGUGGGCGAUUUCCGGGGCGUGGCAGGGCGCGUCGAAGGUCUCCUAGAAGAGGAAGAGACCGGCGUAGGAAGGAAUCGGAUCGCUUCAAGGGCUUCAAGUCCCCUCCACGUGGUCCCAGGUCACCGAGGAACCGCCGUGAGCGAUUUAACAGCCCGGACCCUGCAGACGACAUCGACCAAGAGUAUCGUCAUCGAUCGCCUUCUCGCCAUUCCAUUAACUCAGCUGGUUCGAGAUUUUCUGCGACCUCGCGUCGCAGCUCCAGGAUUGACGCAACAAUGAAUCCUAGGCCAAUCCAGUCUGCGAUGAACAGUUCCUUCAGAUCUCCAUCGCCCCCUCGACCAGUUCCCAGCUUCGAUGCUGAAAUUACCGGCGUCCCUGCAGACGGAGAUCCCAAUGCGCGUGAAACGUUCCCUUUCCAUGGAGAGCGGGCAUUGAAUGCCAAUAAUAACCAGCGCUCUCACGCCUCACGACCACAGGCGGAUACGAGUCAAUACUCCACCUCACCAAAGUACGGCCCAUCAAGUAAUUCCUAUCAGGGAUCCCCUCAAUCUACGUCACCUCACCCUGGAGGACGUGGGGGUCUGACUGGGCAAUCUCCUUAUCAGAGGCCGCAAGGGUCUUCACAUUCAUCUCCAUAUCGUCAAAACAAUUAUCCUUCACAGGGCGGCUCGCAAGACCAGUACAAUCAGGGUCAAGCUCCGCCGACUGGUCCAGCCAAUCACCCUCAAUCGUAUUCGGGUCCUUCCUACCGUGGUGGGCAUUCAGGUUACCGUGGAAACUUCCAAAAUCAUGGCCGCGACCGGCGAUUUUCUGGCUCUGGUCACUCAUCCUACAAUACUGGGCCGUCCGGGCGAGGCCGUUUUAACAGUUUCCAGUGGAGUGCUCGCGGCGGCGGCGGCUCUCUCAGCCCUCAUACCACUCAUGCGGAACCCUCACAAAGUCCUGCGCCUCUCCCGGCAAGAGAGCAGAGCUUCACAGGGGAGGGAGACAGAGACCAAGCUUUCGGGUCUCCGAACAGAGAUCUACAAGGCGUGGAUCAAGGGUCAAAACCAUGUUCCGAGGAUGGGGAUUUUCAGAAGAUGUCUCGACCUACACAACCGUCCGACACCAACGCCACGCCGAAUAAAGGCGGCAAGUUUAGCUUCGCCUUCAAAGCUAAAACCACUCCUGCCCCUGCCCCCAAGCCAGUUCCAGAUCUGGCACAGAGGAUGCAGGCUCGAGAACCUCCACCUCGUGUUGCUGAGCCUCCUCGUAGCAGAGUGCCUCUUGGCCCACCGCCGCGAUUCAAACCUGAACCACGCUUUGACCGCCGCGAUCGAGACAGAGACCGGGAUCGGCACCGAAAUCGUGACCGGGACAGAGGGAGACGCGACCGGAGAGAUUUUCGACGAGAGCCGCGUGAUUUCCGUGAGCCUAGAGAUAUUCGCGACAACCGAAAAGAAGAUCGCCGCUUUGACCAGCGACACGAAGGCAGGAAAGAUGAUCGUCGGCAGGACCCUCGUCCACCUCGCGGUCCUCGGGAACGUUCUCCGGGCGUGAAGCAACCCCGAGUAUUAACCCGGCCAAAGCCUCGGCCUACUCUCCCAGAAGAGUACGCAAAGUCCGAUUCCGUUUAUUACCGAAAGCCAGGGAACGAGUCCGUCAUUGGUGCUGGCACCUACGGAAAAGUCUUUAAAGCAAUACACGUCUAUACCCAAAGGAAGGUGGCUCUCAAAAAGAUACGUAUGGAAGGCGAGAAAGACGGGUUCCCUGUUACGGCUGUCCGAGAAAUCAAGCUCCUGCAGCACCUUCGCAACCAUAAUGUGGUCAGUUUACUCGAAGUUAUGGUCGAGAGGAAUGAGUGUUUUAUGGUCUUCGAAUACCUUUCGCACGAUCUCACAGGUCUCAUUAAUCACCCGACCUUCACCCUCACCGCUGCUCACAAGAAGGAUCUCGCCAAGCAAAUGUUUGACGGCUUGAACUACCUCCACCACCGGGGCGUUCUGCACCGCGACAUCAAGGCAGCAAAUAUCCUCAUCAGCAAUAGGGGCUUGUUGAAGUUCGCAGAUUUCGGAUUGGCGCGGUUUUUCUCUAAGAGCCGCCAACUGGAUUACACCAACCGUGUGAUCACGAUCUGGUAUCGGCCACCGGAGCUUCUUCUCGGAGAGACCAGAUAUGGUCCUGCCGUGGACGUUUGGAGCGCGGGCUGUGUGUUUGUCGAAUUGUUUACAAAGAAGGCUGUCUUUCCCGGAGAAGGGGGCGAAAUCAGUCAGCUUGAAAAGCUCUAUGCCUCUCUUGGAACGCCUACGCGAGCUGAAUGGCCUGACCUCGUGGAGAUGCCCUGGUUUGAGCUCAUGCGGCCGACGGAGCGCAAGAAGCGAGUCUUUGAAGACGUAUACCGCGAAGUACUAUCACCAGCGGCUUUGGACCUAGUUUCUCAGAUCUUCCGAUACGAUCCUACAAAGCGACCCUCAGCUGAGGAAGUACUGACGCACUCCUAUUUUGUGUCAGAGGAGCCAGCUCCGCAACAAGCUAUCGAGUUGGAAAAUAUCGAGGGCGACUGGCAUGAAUUUGAGUCCAAAGCACUGCGCAAGGAGAAGGACAAGGAAGCUCGUCGCGCAGAGUAUCAAAAAGAUAAAGAGAAAAGGAAAGCCGCUUUGUCGGCUCCGCAAAGCGAAAGGGAGACGAAGCGCGUCAGGCAAGACGUGGAGGAGAACCCACAGCCCUCGGCCCAGCCUACUGAACAGUAG